AUGGUCCUUGCGAUUGGCGCCUUGAUAUCUAGUCUUUCUCCUGACAAAGAUGCUAAGGUUAUGGCUAGAUGGGCAUCCUACUUGUCAUCACGUGCGACGCUGUCUGGUUCGACUUUCGAGGACGCCUCCCUCAAGGGUGUUCACUUACUUCUAAGGUCUAUAUAUGCUAUCGAAUUAAUGCGUCCCAAUGACUCUUAUUUGUACGUGGGCCAUGCAGCCCUUAAUGCACUUGCACUAGGCAUGAAUAGGGCCCAGGUCGCCAACGGCACCCGCCCCAAUGUGCAUCGACUCCGGGUAACAUUUUGGAAUCUUUACUCGACGGAAAAGCUUGUGUCCCUAUUCCAUGGUAGGGCAUCCUGUUUGAGAGAUGGCUUUAUUGACACCGCCUUUCCCGAAGAUCUACCAAGCUCGGAGACGGAGAAUGGUGAUCCAGAAGAAAUUACAGACUUGGCAUAUGUCCGUGCUAUGGCCACCCUAGGUCGUGCGGCCGAUCGUAUCAAUAGCGGAAUAUAUGUCUACGGGGGAUUCGCAACUGACUCCGCCAAUAUUCCCCAUGUUACCCGCGAGUUUCUUAUCCAUCGUCCCGCACUAAUUUCCGUGUGCAAACACGCAACAAAGGCCGAAGCUCUAGCCGCAGCCCGGGAGUUAGGCUUCACGGAUAUAUUUGGCUGUGUCGAAAAGGUCUUGUGCGCAUCGAAGAAACUCAUUGCUCUCGCGCUUGAAGCCUAUAACACGCGCGCAACUUCAAUGAGGCAAGAUUCUGGAGUUGCCUAUAAUGUCGUGGGUGCUUGUCUUACCUUACUCUAUGAUGUUAUAGCUGUUGAAGAUGAUCUUCGUUGUUUGAGUUCCAUGGAGCAUUCUGGGCCUAAGAUUGGAGGAACCCUGAGCUCACGCAUUAUGCGUGUGGCCAAAGAUGCUUUUCGCUCCGCACAAGGCCCUAACUCAGAUGAUGUACCCGAUGGCAAUGGAACAGCUGCUUACAAUCCAGCGCCUUUAUAUGAAUCUAUUCAGGAGCGCACUGAAACUGUAAAUACUAUUGAUAAUGAGCUAGAUACACUACUUGGACAGUUUCCAUGGCUCACAAACACAACUGCAAAUACACCGAUCUCUCAUUCUGCCACAGACACACCUUUAGCCAACACUCCGGGUCCACUUCACAAUGCUUCCGGUGUCAAUUUUCCCACCUCUUCAAAUUUUGAGAGUGUAUCACAACUUGACCAGCUUCAACAAUUCUUUACUCAAGCAUUUCCACACAAUGCAGACUUUCUCUUCAUGCCGUUUUAUGGCUUCGAGGGAACAGCGCCACAGCAAAUGCCGACGCAUGAAGCUGGGGUUGCUGGGAAUACGAGCAGCGAUAGCAACCCAGGUACAAACCAAUGGGCUGAUGUCAAUAGCCAGAGGUCUUUUUGGAUCAUGGUAUGUCGAAUGGGAAUGGUGUGCCGUGGGGCUUACUGUAAGACGUGA